UGGUGAUUUAUUCCUGUCUGUCUCGUCAUUUCUCUCCUGCAGGAGCAAAAGGUCAUCGGUUCCCACCGCAGAGUGCAUCCUGGAGCUUCCUCACUUCACCGUUCAGGCGACAAGGCCUCAGACUCUUUUGCUUCAAGCAAUAUGUCAGAGCUGGACCCACAGUAUGGUCCAUGGAUCCCCAGUGAUCAGUGAAAGUCUGCACAAUGAGGUGUUUAAAGUUACAGGUGUGAAAUAUCCAGGCCCGUCACCGACUCUCGAGGGCUUGGUCCAAAAUCUGGAGCUGAAGUUCUGCAGCCGCUCAAUGGUGAAAUGUGCCUCGGGAACUGUGGGAGCUGUAAAAGUGUGCGCCAGGACCCCAGGUUCAGAGGAGGGCGUAAAGGAGAAGCUGGUUCCACUUAUUCAGGGCCCGUCUGACACCAAAGAACUUCAUACGAGUCGCUGGCUUAAUGAGAUUCGCAAGCCUGAAUCCUUAUUGGCGCCGGACCUGCUGGCGUUUUCUGUUCAAGUACCUCAGCAAGGAGAAGAUUGCAGGAACUCAGGUGCGGUCCUACUGGUCAGUGUCCAGGGCAUAGCUGUAAAUGUGGACCCAAUCAUCUGCACAUGGUUACUGUAUCAGCCUCACAGAGGGAGCAGCAGGAAGCAGCAACAGAAUCCAGGUCCAGUUCCUUUGGCCAAGAGGAGAGAAGAUGAAGUGUCUGUGGGGAGUGCACCACUGGGCAUACAGCCCUCCAAUCAGGCAUCAGACUAUGCAAGCAGCCCCAUGAAGACCAAAACAGUCACAGAAUCACGCCCCAUGUCCAUACCAAUGAAGGUCAUACCGGACACUGCAAUCGACGGGUCUUGGACGACGUCCGAUGAACAAAUGAAGGAACUUUUCAGUCAUGCCUGGGAUGCUGUCAAGCGACUUACUGUUCAGUUGGAUUUACAGUCAUGCUGCGUAUUCCUGCCAAACGACAGCCUCCCGUCUCCGAGCACCAUCGUCUGCGGCGACAUUCCCGGCACUGUCCGCAGCUGGUACCACAACCAGGCCUCUAUGCCCGGGACUCUGGUUGUCUGUUUGCCCCAGAUCAGCGUCCUCAGUGCUGGGCACAAAUAUAUGGAGCCUCUGCAGGAGCUUCCCUUCGUCGUCUCAAAGCCCAUCUUGGAGGAAGGUGACGCCUUCCCAUGGACCAUCAGCCUGAGUCAGUUCAGCGUAUACACCUUGCUGGGAAAGCAGCAGAGCCUCAGCCUGUUGGAGCCCAUGGGAUGUACUUCCACUCUGGCCGUCACGUCUAAACUGCAGGGCAGCUCUGAGGAAAGGCCCUCCUUUGUAGUCUGCCUCCAUGUUGACUUGCAGCCUGUCCAUGUCAAGAGCUCCAACUCUCAGGUGCAGCUUUUAUACGAGCUCUUUCUCAGCUGGAGCUGCACAUGGGCUCGUCUCCAGAAACACGGUGUUCUGCGUCAGACCUCCAGCAUCCCGGACCCCCCUGCUGGUGUUGCUCCAUCCUCCCCAGUGCGCAGCAGCGCAGGCACGGCUCUCCCCGACACCAGCACCUGCAGCCCCUCCGCAGACUUCGGCUCCCCCACCGAGGGCGACUCAGUGCCGGCUGGAGAUGAUGGUCCGUUUGCAGACACGGUGACUCUGGAGCAACAAACCAGCAGCAUCGAAGGAACCAGUGGGAAGGUCAGCCUUUGGAUGCAGUGGAUGCUACCUAAGGUCACUGUCCAACUAUUUGCUACUGACCCAGCUGCAAGAAAAUCAGAAAUCUGUGUGAUCAGUGAACUAGAAGAUCUGAGUGCAUCGGUUGACAUCCAGGACGUCUACACAAAGAUCAAGUGUAAAGUGGGCAGCUUCAACAUUGAUCACUACCGAUGCAGUAUGGAGGAGGGUGUUCGGACCCCGGGCGGCUGCGGAGGAGUGGUCCUCUCUUGCACUGACAAGCUGAACAGACGUACUGUGUUGGUUCGACCCGUCAGCAAGCAAGCCUCUUUCAGCCACUUCUCUGGCUUUUCCCCUCCUAUGGCAGCUAAAAUCCUGGAAGGUUCUCAUCAGCAGCAUGGCUUCCUGUCAAUCACCUACACUCAAGCUGUUACUAAAAAUGUCCGACACAAACUCGUCACCCGACCCGAGCGCCCGUCACGCAGCAGCAUGACCACUGCAAGCCAGAGGAUCGCCGGCGAGCUCCUGGGGGACGGCUCGCCUCAGUAUCUGAGGGAGAUCCUGCUGACUGCGCAACCUUUCGACGUGGUUUUAUUUUGUCCCUUACUGGCUACUGUAGCAGGAGUGUUUCAGACUACCGUCCCACGGCGCUACAGGGAGCGUGGGAAGUCAGCAGGUCAGCCCAUGCGGAGCCACACUUUGACUUCUAGGUGUUUACCUCUAAUUUACAUCAACACCAGUGGGAUCAGAGUUUUCUGCCACGGAGCUCAAGACAAACAUGCAGCUUCAGACUCCAGUGAGAAGAAGGAAGACACGGUGGUGUUAAAGCUGGGUUCCCUCAGCGUGGCUCCGCAGGCUGACAACCCUCUGACCCGCACCGUGCUCCGAAAAGAUAUCUAUCAACGAGCGUUCAACCUGGGCAUUUUGCGCGACCCAGGCUCAGAGGUAGAGGAUCGUCAGUAUCAGAUUGAUCUCCAGUCUAUCAGCAUCGGUACGGCUCUGUGGGAACAGCUCAAGCCAGAGAAGGAGGGAGCUAAAGGAGGGGUUUCAGCAGAAAGUGAGAGGAGCUCUCAGAAUCCAGCCCUGGAGUGGAACAUGGCUAGCAGCAUCAGGCGGCAGCAGGAGCGGCGAGCUAUCCUGACGCCCAUCUUGACUGACUUCUCUGUUCGGGUGACUGCUGCUCCUGCCAUCAUCUUCAGCAAAAUUCUGUCUCCUGAGUGCGGGCAGGCAGAGGAAGUGGUGGUGUGUGGCCACUCUCUGGAGGUGAACGUGACCAGCAGUCUGGAUUUCUACCUUAGUGUGGCCCAGGUGCAGCUUCUCCAGCAGCUCCUUCGAGACAACAUGGUGGGAUCAAAUGCUUCAGAGAAAAGUUCAGAGGUAAGGAGACAAGACCAAAAGGGCACCAACCAAGCUCCAUCAGCAGGUGCGGAUUGUUCAUCUCGCCACAGUGGGACUGGACAAGACAGCGGCUUUGGCAGCGACAGCGCCCGCAUUCGCAUCGUCCAAAUAGAGCAGCAAAGCGGGACCAGUCAUCAUUGCAUCGCCAGGCCGUCUCGCAAAUCAACCAUCACUAAAAACCUCACCUUCAUCCCUUUUGACAUCUUUCUUACUGCCAGUAAACUAUCUGUAAUGACUUAUCAUUGUUCGAGUACGCCUAAAUCUCUCCUUAUAUCGUCUGAUGCACCCUCUACACCAGAGAAGAAAGACCCUGAGGAUAAGGUGGGGAAGAGCCUCCUAAAUCAUCCUGAGAUCAUGUCGGACUCUCCCUCAGCUUCCCCAACUCCUGAACAAAUCCCUGCUGCCCAGGAUUCCCUUGCUGGGCUGACCGCAGACGACAUCCUCAACAGCAACACCUCCCAGCCACCUUCUCCACUAAUUAAAGGAAGCUUGCUUUCACUUGAUGGUCUCCCCACUCCCACCCGCUCCUCAGCACGCCAAGCCCUAGGCCUUACCAUAGUGAGGCAGCCCGGGAGAAGAGGGACAGGUGAUCAGGUGUUAGAGCCACUGUUAUUCCUCCAACUUAUGCAGCCUUCAGUUCUACUUAGCUGCCAUCACCGAAAGCAAAAGAUGGAGCUUUCUGUGUUUGACGUGUCCCUGAGAGGAGUGCCUUCUGACUACAAGUGCCUAGACCCAGGAAAGACUCUUCCAGAAACUCUGGACUACAACGUGCCCUGGCUGCAGACAGUGGCAGCGGAGGUCGACAGUAGAACAGGCGUCCCUCCUCCUCUGCUUUGCUUCCAGAUCAAAGAUUUCCUCAAUGGACCAGCGGAGGUCAACUUGGAACUCUCCCGCCCCCUGAAAGUCAACCCCACUCUGAUCAAACUGGAGCAGGCCAAAGCCUACCUGCAGAAAGUUUUGCCGAACUACAUGUGGGAAAGCUCCAGUAAAACAGCCUCUGCCUUUUCCUCUCCUCACUCAUCUCCUAAAAAGACGCCUCACCGGGCCUUUCCAUCUCGUUUGGACCCACAACACGAAUCCUCCUCCCCGGGCAAAGCCAGCAAGGCCAGGAACCUGUCCUUCCACAAAGUCUCUCUUCUCACCAAACAGAUUGUUGUAGUCAUGGAGACGGAUGACACUCCAAUGAGACCCAGCGUGUCGGUAUCAGUGUCGGCCAUGACGGCUUGUCUGUUCAUGAAGUUGGGACCUCGGAUCGAUGACCAGCUUGAGUCUGCUUCCGUCCUCCUGACCUUGAAAGAUGCGCUGGUGAAAACUGGACUGAGGGACCGGAGCCACGUGCUCCUGGGACCCUUUUCCUGCAGCAGCUCCAUUGAAGCUCGGUGGUGUCGGCACAGCGGCAGCCCUGGACCAGAGCCCGGCCCUCCCAAACUGCUCCUGGACCUGAAGGGAGGUCUGCUGCAGGUUUUUUGGGGCCAGGAACAUUUCAACUGUCUGAUGCUGGUGGAGGAGCAUCUCCGUAAAUACCUCCAUCUCCACAAAGAGGAUUCCAACACUAGUUGGUCUAAAGGGAAGGCCUGUCAUACCCAGCCUCCUCCCUCUCCGGUCGCUCCGUCUCCGAGGACAGAGCACAGCUCAGAUGAUCUGCGAACAGGAAACUUUCAAUACAUUCAGGACUCAGGAUCCCAGAAACUGCCAGGAGCCAAUGAGGUGGUGUUUUACAGUGAGACGGAGGACAGCCCUGGGGUGAUGCUGUGGAGGUACCCUGAACCUCGUGUCCUCACCUUCGUCAGGAUCACACCUAUUCCCUUCAACACCACAGAAGACCCGGACAUAAGUACAGCUUAUUUAGGAGACGUCCUACAGGUACCAUGCAGUCUGGAGUACUGGGAUGAGCUCCAGCAGGCCUUUGUUUCAUACCGGGAGUUCAGCUUGUCAGAAAGCCGUGCCUGCCAGCUGCAGCUGCCCAGCCUGAGCCUCACUGAUCAGCAGAAAGAGCUGGUGGCCUCAGACCUCUGGAGGAUCGUCCUCAACCAUAACGCAGAGGGAGGCGAUGAGCAGAGCUCUGAUAGUGACUGUGGGUCUCAGCCUCCAUGCGAUCAGCUGGUAUCACCGAUAGCACUGGCAGCCUGUACCCGUGUGGACUCCUGUUUCGCUCCCUGGUUCGUCCCCUCGCUCGGCGUUUCCUUACAACUAGCAAAGCUGGAAGUUCACCUGUGCCACCACCUCGAGCAGCUGGGUACAGUUCCAUCAAGGAAACGUCAUCCCUUCCUACCCGACAGGAAGUUACCUCAAGAGCAAGAGUUCAUGGUGAUUGGUUCUCGGGAGCCCCAGGUCUUCAUGCGUCAGUGGAACAACGGGCCUCGCCGCUGUCAGGAGAUGAGCUUUUCCACACAGCUGGACUGCAAACUGCUGGAGUACCGAAACUUAACCCACCUGCAGCUUCUUCAGUCCUGUGCGCUAAAGGGGCAGGCCACCGCCAUCAGCUGCCCCCAGAACUCUUCUUUAGCUGUUGAUGUGUUUGUGGAUCCUGUGCUGCUUAAUAUCAGCCAGUAUGCCAUCCAUACCGUGGACGCCGCGCUGCUCAGCUGGCAACAGAACGGGAAACAGGAUGCAGAGGAGCUGCUCUACAGUCACUAUGUGAUCUGUAAUGACACAAAUGAGACUCUGCGCUUUGGCCAAGUGGACACGGAUGAGAAUAUACUGCUGGCCAGCCUCCACAGCCACCAGUACAGCUGGAGAUCCCAUAAGUCAGCUCAG